UUAUUUUAUAUUAGAGUUGCCUGUCACUCUGAUCGAACCGGUGCGGUUUUCACACCACGACAAACCGUCCGUCCCAUGCUGAGUUUUAAACCUGAGUAAAAACGAGAUAGUAUAAAAGAUAGCCGGUGCGGUAUGCGAUCGUCUCAUCCGUCGCAGUGGUUAUAAAAAUAAAAAUAAAUUACCAAAAACAAAGUAAGAACAAGAAGUCGAUGUGAUAUUCAUGAUCACCGAAACUAAAUCUGACAUAAGUUGUUUUUAUUGUUAACGCGUGAAAUAAUUAAUUAUUACUGAAGUCAUAUCUUUUGAUAGAUAGUUUUAUUGAGUUAGAAAGUGCAAUGAGUGCUGUUUGAGUGACGUAAGAGAGCGAUAGGUGCAAUUUGAUAACAAUUUGUGAAAGUGACAAUUUGGGAACAUCAAUUCCAGAACUCACCUAAGUAAAAAGAUACUUAUUGGAGGAUAAAGUAAAAAGGACGAAAGGAUCAGUAGAUUACUAUCCACGACGACGACGACGAAGAUCAAAGCAACACAAAAAAAACCUCAAUAAAGCGAAUAACUACGACAACGCCCCACAAUGAAGUCCUGGCUUAAGAUAUCCAUGCUCCUUUGUUGUUUUGGUUUCCUUCGGGAGCUGCGACCGUCCGACUCCUUUGCUACUGAAUUCCUGUCGGGCGAAUGGCACGAUAUAACGUCCGAACAGGUGAACAAGGAGCUAUAUCCUUUGGGGAUUUAUAUGAAUGUUGGGUGGUUGGUCAUUGUGCUCCUAGUCACAGACAUGCUGAGAUACAAACCGAUAAUAAUCACUUCAGCAUGUGCGGGGAUAAUUCUAUGGAGUAUCCUUUUGUGGACCGAAUCACUUUGGGAAUUACAGGUUGGACAAUUUUUCUAUGGACUUUAUAUGGCGAGUGAAGUUGCCUAUUACACUUAUAUUUAUGCCAAAGUCGACAAGGAUCAAUAUCAAAAAGUCACUGGAAAUACUCGUGCAGCAAUGUUAGCGGGGAAAUUUCUAGCAGGAAUUAUAGCACAAAUUUUACUAUCGGCGGAAUUAAUGAACUACAGAGAUUUGAAUUUUCUCAGUCUUGGAACUCAAAUAGUUUCUCUCUUCAUUGGCAUUGGACUGCCUUCAGUGCGGAAAAGUAUUUACUUUUAUGCUAGCGAAAACUUGAAGCAACAAUCUGUGGAACAGCAACAUCAGCAGCCGCCGUUACCGCUAACAGAAAUACAACUUGAAUCAGCUUUAACCACAAAUAUACCAAAAGAACAACACCACCAACAACAACAACUACAACAACCCCCUACAACCCAACCACAGACAACGAAUGGAAUAGAGUUGAACACCUCCGGCCACAAAAUAAUUGCUGCAAAUGAAAAUGAGGAACCAAAGUUCUCAUGCCAAAAUGCGACACGUUUAUUGGGACUGCACGUUAUUAGCGCCUAUUCAAAGCCUGUUGUUGUAGAAUGGAGUAUCUGGUGGGCUUUGGCUACAUGCGGACAGUUGCAGGUCGUUUCUUAUGUGCAAUUUCUUUGGAAAGAAAUCGAUGAAAACCAUCAAAGUGCUUAUAAUGGAGCCACAGACGCAAUUGCCACUCUACUUGGGGCUGCUGGAGCUCUUGCCGCUGGAUUUUUGAACAGUCAUCGCUAUCAAAAGUGGAAUUUGUGGAUUUUGACAAUUUGUUCAUUGUUCGAAGGAGCACUCCUUAUAUGGGCUGCCACAACUAAUUCCGUUUGGGUGGCAUAUGCCAUUCAUAUUGUCUUCUAUACCGUUUAUUUUUUCGUUGUCACAAAAGCAAGUGCCAUAGUUGCUGAAAACAUACUCGAGGACAGCUUUGGAUUAAUCUUUGGCAUCAAUACACUCGUAGCACUUGUAGCUCAGUCCAUUUUCACAUUGAUCGUCAUUACGGAGAGUGGUUUAAGUUUGCAGCCCCGAGGGCAGUUCCUGACUUUUGGUGGUUACUUUGUUGUGCUUUCAGCUUUGUAUUGUCUAGCUGGAAUAGUUAAGCACUUUAAAGGCAAUCAAAAUAAUGAAUUAAAUAUAAAUUCAUGAUGUUGUUUGUUUUUGUUUACUUUUUUUUAAUUUUUGUAACUUUUAGUUAAAUAAAUAAAUUUGUAAAAAAAA